CCAAGAUGGACGAUAUCAUAUCAAUUGUCAAUCGUUUGCAAGAUACUUUCAAUACGAUUGGCGGUAAUGCUAUAGACCUUCCGCAGAUAGCUGUUGUUGGUAGCCAAUCAUCUGGAAAAUCUAGUGUAUUAGAAACGAUCGUAGGACGUGACUUCUUACCACGUGGUUCGGGUAUUGUCACCAGAAGACCACUCGUAUUGCAGCUCAUACACACUACGAAACAAGAAGAAUACGGUGAAUUCUUACAUAUCGACAAAAGAUAUACAUCAUUUGAAGAAAUAAGAAAUGAAAUACAAUCAGAGACUUUUAGAGUGGCUGGUCAGAACAAGGGUAUCAGUAAAUUGCCUAUAAAUCUCAAGAUUUACUCCCACAAUGUCGUCAACCUUACUUUAGUCGAUUUACCGGGAUUAACAAAAAUCCCAGUGGGUGAUCAACCAUCUGAUAUUGAAAAGCAAAUCAGACAGUUGGUUUUAGAUUACAUUCAGAAGCCAAAUUGUGUCGUUUUGGCGGUAUCACCAGCUAAUGUCGAUUUAGCAAACUCUGACAGUCUUAAACUCGCUCGUUCCGUUGACCCUCAAGGUAGAAGAACUAUUGGUGUGCUUACAAAACUCGACCUCAUGGACGCUGGCACACAUGCUCUUGAUGUUCUCAACGGUCGAGUAUAUCCACUCAAGUUAGGCUUCAUUGGUGUCGUCAACCGUAGUCAACAAGAUAUUAACUCUAAUUUGGACAUAAAUGAAGCUCGUAGACGUGAAGAUGAAUUCUUCCAAGAGUCUCCAUCUUAUCGUAACAUUGCUCAUAGAUGUGGUACUAAGUACCUUGCAAAAACCCUCAACAACGUGCUCAUGAACCACAUCAGGGAGAAGCUUCCAGAUAUGAAAGCAAAGUUAAACACUCUUAUGGGUCAAACACAACAAGAAUUGAAUUCAUUCGGAGACGCAACCUUUUUUGGCAAGCCACACAGAGCGUCAUUAAUUUUGAAACUUAUGACGCAAUUCGGUCGUGAUUUUGUCUCUUCAAUUGACGGUACAUCAUCUGAAAUCUCGACGAAGGAACUUGGUGGUGGUGCUAGGGUAUAUUACAUCUUCAACGAUGUGUUCGGUAGAGCACUCGAAUCCAUAAAUCCUAAUCAAAACCUCAGUAAUCAUGACAUCAGAACUGCUAUUAGAAAUAGCACUGGUCCAAGACCAUCUUUAUUCGUACCAGAAGUAGCAUUUGAGUUAUUAGUGAAACCACAAAUCAAGUUGCUCGAACCACCUUCACUUCGUUGCGUUGAAUUAGUCUAUGAAGAAUUAAUGAAGAUUUGUCACAACUGCACAAGCCCAGAAUUGUCGAGGUUUCCACGUUUGCAUGCGCAAUUGAUCGAAGUAGUUUCAGAUCUCCUUAGAGAGAGACUCGGUCCAACAUCUGAAUACGUGCAGUCGUUGAUAGCUAUCCAAUCAGCAUAUAUUAACACGAACCACCCAUCAUUCGCACCUGGAACAGCAGCAUAUGCCGCUGAAGCUCAAAAAGAGAAACAAAAGCAGACACCAUCACUUAGAUUCAAAGAUGUUCAAAAUGUGAUCGAGGAUGGUGAAGAGAAAGACAACGAAUUGGCAAUUGAACAUAGGUCAAUAUCGCAACCAUCAGGAACACAGGAAGAUCCACGUCGUCAUUCAAUAACUAAUCAAUUGUUGAAUGGAACGUCAACGCCUGAGUCUGACAGUGCAUUAAUGAAUCAUCAUAGGAAUAGACGAGGACAUCAAGCUCAACAAUCGCAAAGUCAGACUGCGAGAGAUACAUUCCUUAACUAUUUCUUCGGUGGAGCAGAUGCAGCUAGCAGUGCACCAGCUAAUACUAGCAAUAGUACAAGAACGCCUGUUAGGGAUGUUGACGAGGAGGCUAGACACUACGCUUCAACUGCAAACCCUCUCAAUGGUAGAUCAGGGCUUGAAGGUUCCGCAGCUGCUUACGACAUGAAAAGCUUAGGCAAGCAUCUCGAGCCUGUACCUAUGAUUGAUGAAGGUGGUAGCGCAGUAUCUGAACGUGAAGACAUGGAAACUACUCUUAUUAGAUCUCUGAUCGCAAGUUACUUUUCAAUCGUCAGACAAACUAUUGAAGACCUCGUUCCAAAGGCUAUUAUGCACCUCUUGGUCAAUUUCUCAAGAGAAGUGAUACAAGACAAGUUGGUAGCAUCAUUGUACAACCCUGAUAUGUUUGAUGAACUACUUUAUGAAGAUGAAAACAUCGUUAAUGAACGCACCAGAGUGAAGAACUUAAUGGAUGCAUACAAGCAAGCCUUCCAAGUUUUGGCCGAGGUGAAUAUGCCAAAGCAAUCAAACAUGGUUCCACCAACUCAAUCAACGGCUUAAAAGUUAGGAUUAUUUUUUGUUCAUAUGCAUUAUUCC